AUGGGCGGUCUAACUGUACGGCCACUUGAGUUCCCAUGGAUGGGCUCACUUCAGGUCAAAUAUUUUUCAUCACAUAAUUGUGGCGCUACUCUAAUCAAUGAUGAGUGGGCACUGACUGCAGCACAUUGUAUGCGAAAAUCUAUAUUUCCAUUCACUUGGAAAAUCAGAUUUGGAGGACAUAUGCUUAAUAAAUACGGGGAAAUGGACAGGGAGUUUGCCAUUAGCAAAGUAUUUAUUCAUAAGGACUACUCCAACAUUACUAAAGUAAAUGACAUAACAUUGUUAAAGUUGAGUACAAAAGUGGAUUUUUCAAAUAAAGAUAAACAUUUGAAACCUAUUUGUUUGCCCCACAAAAAUCUACAAAUACCUGACGGCGCUGUAUGUUUGGCUGUUGGUUGGGGUAAACGAUAUAAAAACGAAUCAAUGUCACCGGUUCUCAUGAAAGUAUCCAAACAAAUGGUUGACCGAAACACAUGCAUAAAGUCAUGGCCAGGCAUAUCAUUUCCUAUAACUGACGGACAUCUAUGUUUUGAUGGUAUGACCGAUGAAAGCGGUGUAUGCAAUGGUGAUUCAGGUGGACCCAUACAAUGUCAAACAAGUGAUGGUAAAUGGAUUCAAUUAGGUGUGGCCUCGUGGACAUCAAAUCCCUGUGCGCUGAAAGGAUAUCCGGCUGUAUUUACCAAACUAUCUCAUUAUUUUGAUUGGAUUCAAGAUAUAAUAUCAAAAAACUAA